AUGGGUAGGAAGCGGAAGACUCUUGCGAAGAGCAGCGCGGCGGCAGCCGACGAGGAGAAAAUCUCAACUGAGAACCCAACUGCUGAGGGUGGUAAGAAUACUGUAAAAAUUGUGUACAGAAGAUCCGGACGUCUCAAGAGCUCGGCUAGGAGCGAAGGGGUCGAACCCAUUGUCGAACAUGUCGAUUUAGAUGAAAUCGAAAGAGAAGAAGAACUGCCACAGAUUGAGAAAGUUACUAGUCCUGUGCAGGUUGCCAAGGAAAGGAGCUCGGAAGUCGAGACUCCGGUCGAGCAGGUUGGUAAUGGUCCCCCGAAGGAGAUGAACGAGAGAAGCUUGAAUGAAAUGGUUAGCUAUCUCGUACAGGCCGUGGAUGUGUUCAAGCAUAAGGUGUUUGAAAGGCCUAAUGAGGAUCCCUCUCCUGAUAUCCGCUACAAAAGCUUGUACUUAAAGUUGCAGAAAAGGGUUGAUGCUUUGACAAAGGAGAAAUAUGAGCUGGUUAGGAAGUUGGAGUUUGCUGAGGGACAAGUUGCAGCUUUUCAAAAGAUGAUUGAUGGCAUGGGGGCUCUAAAGGAAGUGAUAUUCGUGGCUGGUUCGGAAAAAGGUACUAUCGGCAAUGCGAGUUUGCAGCCUCAGACUGUUGACGAUCCGGUGGAAAAGAAGAGGUCACACAAGAAAAGAAAGGCCUGA